CCAAAUCACAAUUUGUCAAUCUCUAAAAAUGAGAGAGAGUGAGUGAAACAAAAGAAAGAAAAAAAAGAAAAAUGAAAGAAAUGGCCGUCUCUUUUCUCUUUCUCUUCUUCUUCUUCACUGUCUUUGCAACAACAACAGUAUCGAAUCCAAUCUUCUUUCCAGCAUCAGCUCAUCAAUCUCUCAUCCAAUCCAAGGGUCCAAAAUCCAAGACCCCAUACAAGGCGCUCUUCUUCCCUCAGAUCCUAGACCACUUCACAUUCCUCCCUCAGAGCUCCAACAUCUUCUACCAAAAGUACCUCAUCAACUCGGAUUACUGGGACAGUGGGCCCCACCACAAAGGACCCAUCUUCAUCUACACCGGCAACGAAGGCAACAUUGAAUGGUUCGCCGACAACACCGGUUUCUUGUUCGACAUCGCUCCCAAGUUCCGGGCAUUGCUCGUUUUUAUUGAGCAUAGAUUUUAUGGAGAAUCAAAGCCAUUUGGGAAGGAUUCAUACAAGUCUGCAAAGACAUUGGGGUAUUUGACUUCCCAACAAGCAUUAGCUGAUUUUGCAGUUCUUAUUAGGAGCUUGAAGCAGAACUUAUCUGCAGAAGCAUCUCCUGUUGUGGUUUUUGGAGGUUCUUAUGGUGGAAUGCUGGCAGCAUGGUUUAGACUGAAAUACCCUCAUAUAGCCAUUGGAGCGUUGGCAUCAUCAGCCCCUAUCUUGCAGUUUGAUGACAUAACACCAUGGACCAGCUUCUAUGAUGCUGUUUCCAAGGAUUUCAAGGAUGCAAGCAAGAACUGUUAUGAGGUGAUAAAGGGAAGUUGGGAUGAUUUGCUAGCAUUGUCAACUCAGAAAGAGGGGUUGGUGGAACUUAGCCGAACUUUCAGGACCUGCAGGGAUCUUCAAUCUGUGUAUUCUGCAAGAGACUGGUUAUGGUCAGCUUUUGUUUACACAGCAAUGGUUGAUUAUCCAAUGGAAGCUAAUUUCAUGAUGCCCUUGCCUGCCUACCCUGUCCAACAGAUGUGUAGGAUUAUUGAUGGAUUCCCUCCCAAAGCUAAUAAGCUUACAAAGGUGUUUUCAGCUGCAAGUUUAUAUUAUAACUAUUCUCAAACAGAAAAGUGCUUUGAUUUAGAAAAUGCAACAAAUGCUCAUGGCCUCAGCGGUUGGGAUUGGCAGGCAUGUACAGAGAUGGUUAUGCCAAUGAGUUGUUCUAAUGAAAGCAUGUUCCCACCUUCUACUUUUGAUUACAAAGAAUUUGGAGAUGAUUGCAUGAAGAAAUAUGGAGUUCGGCCCAAGCCCCACUGGAUUACAACGGAAUUUGGUGGCAAUAGAAUCAAGCAAGUAUUGAAGAGAUUUGGUAGCAACAUCAUAUUUUCUAGCGGGUUAAGAGAUCCAUGGAGUAGAGGAAGUGUGUUAAAGAAUAUAUCAUCGACUAUUGUAGCAUUGGUCACAGAGAAAGGAGCUCAUCAUGUUGAUUUGCGAUUUGCAUCAAAAAAAGAUCCAAAUUGGCUUAUAGAGCAAAGGAGAAAAGAGGAAGAGAUCAUCCAAAGGUGGAUAGAUGAGUACAAUGCAAGUUUUCUCAUGGAUAAUUAAUUUGUAAAAUUUUAAUAAGGUGAAACCAACUUAUCAUUUUAGCAUAUAACUAUGGAAAGAAUUUUUUAUAUUUAAGAUACUGAUUUUUAUUUUUUUUUAAACAACAUCAUUUAUGCUUAUAAAGUAUGGUUAGUAAUUAUUUCAACCAAGAAGAUACCAUGUAUCACACAUAGAUGAAUUUCAUCAAUAAAUAUGGAUAUUUAUCAA